AAUAAGAAUAUUUUAUUCUAUUAUCAAUUAUUUGUGUUCCCUGGAAUGAAGAAGAGGAUCAUCAGUGUAUACUGCAUACUUUUAAAGAAACUUUCAAAGGGGAAAAGGCCUUUAAUCCGCAUUUGUUAUUUAAGUUGGAAAACCACUUGCUGUUAUCACUUACUUAUUAGUAUGGUAAUUGUUAAUUACUUAGUUGCUUUCCAGGCGAUGCAAACAAAUCUACUGCCGCUGACUAUUCCAGACUGCCGACCAGUUAUAACGAGUUCUAUCAACUUCUGUGGGGUCAGCAAGGCUCUGGAGACAAAAUACACUGUCUUACGACAGAAGCUAUUGGUUGAUUGCUUGCGAAUUAGGAUGGGAACUGACCAAUGGGAGGCCAUGUCUCAAAACGACAAGCAGCAAAAAGUGAUGAUCCUGGAUAAUCAAGCUGUGGAACAAAUCCAAAAAGGCAAGAUAAUGCCAUCUCUCUUAGGGGAGGGGUUACACCUGCAAGAGACUGUCACCCAAAUGAUGGGGUUGUGUAAGAAUGUCUUACGAAACAAGGUCAAGGGUCAGCAAGUCAUACGAAGUACCAAAACCAAGGAGAAUCUUGACCAGUUGUUGCUGACUUUCUGCAUAGACUAA